GCGUUGCCUGGGGUUGUUGUGACCCAAACGGACUGGUCCGAGCCCUGGCUGGUGGGGCUGGCGGUUUUCCAUGUCCUCUGCUUCCUCCUAACGUGCAUCUCUUUCCAGCACUACCGGGUGCAAAUAGGGCACUUCCUCUGCAUGGUGGGCUUAGUGUACUGCGCUGAAUAUAUAAAUGAAUUAGCAGCCAUGAAUUGGAGGCUGUUUUCUAAGUACCAAUACUUUGAUUCAAGAGGAAUGUUUAUUUCAUUAGUAUUUUCAGCACCACUGCUGGUGAAUACUGUUAUAAUUGUGGUCACCUGGGUUUACAGAACUUUGAAUGUAAUGACUGAACUGAAGACACUACAGCAGAGAAUGAAAGCAGAAAAGGAGAAAAAGAAGUGAAAGUGCCUAACACUCUUUUUUUUUUUUUAAUUGUAAUAAUACCUGUCGAGGUAAUCAGUCAUUCUGUAUGUUUAUCCAGA